GCAAUACGUAUAGCAUCAGAAAUAAGAUAUUCACAAAAUCAAAGCAGAGAAGUUGUCAGGCGGAAAAUAGCAGAGAGAUCAAAUUUUGAUGAUAGACAUAACGACUGCCUAGAUAUGAUACUAGAAUUUGUAAAUCCUUUAAACAUGGACAAGAGAAUGGGUAAAUUUACUGAAAUUACCUGUCGGUCUUUACAACUUGGUGAUAGAGUACGUCGUGGUCCUGACUGGAAUUCUGGGAACCAGGAUAAUUAUAUGGCUGGAACCGUCGUCGGACAAAUUUCAGAUGGAAAAGUUAUAGUAGAAUGGGACCAUGGUGAACAAAAUUCCAACGUGCAAUGUGACGAAAGUAAUACAUACAGUCUGAGGAAGGUUGAUGAACCUAAAGUACUGGUGGAUGAGAUGACAGCUGUUGGUUGUAGAGUUGUUAGAGGAAAUGAUUGGAGGUUUGGUAAUACCGAUGGCGGACCUGGAAGUUUAGGGACAGUUUUAGAUGUGAGACAGGAAGGAAAAAUUGUGGUGAGAUGGGAUUCUAAAAGAACAGCACUUUAUAAGAUGGGUUUUAAUGGAAAGUUUGAAAUUAAAGUACAUGAUGCUGCUGUUAGGAGCCAAAACACAGAACCUAGAUCUGCAUAUAACAGUGCACACACCACAUACAGUGAAUCGGAGAAUGAAAGCCAUCGCCCAAAUUCCAGAUCAGCUAGACCCAACUGUACACAAGAACCAGCAGAUUAUGUCAUUCCUAUAUAUUCCGAUUCAAUAGUGAGUGCUAUUUGGGAAUAUCAAGAAGGCUCUGAAUGGAAAAAGUAUCCAAAUGAUAUAAAUGUAAAGAUUGAAAAAGCUUAUCAAAGAAAGAAAACAGGGAAAACAAUCAUCGAAAUGGAUCGUACAACGUACCAAAUAUAUUUUUCAAGAAUGAUUCAAGAGAAUCCUAGCAAUAAGAAAGAACAGUCCGUCCGCAGAACAGAUUAAGCUGAGAGGUAAAAAAGAAGAUUUUUCGAAAAAAGAAUGAAAUUUAAUUUACAUUAACUAGUUACAGUAAUUCAUAUAUAUUUCUCUUUCUCAUAAUAUUGUAAGCAAUUACAUCGUUUUGUAUCAUA